UUUAAUUCCUUCUACUACAGCCCACAUAGAAAUUAUUUUCCGGUCGAUUUUUUCCACAUUUUUCUCGCGGUAAGGAAGGAGAUGAAAGUGUUGCAUUUGUCUUUACUGCUACUGAUACUGCAAUUGACCUUUUGGCAAGGAAAAAGCAUGUUAUUUGGUAAAUCUAAAGGUGGAGAAAAGGGAAAAGAAACGGAAGAGAGCAGCUUGAAAGGAAAGAUGAAGGGAUCGUUUAAAUCACUUGGAAAAUGGUCCCAAAAGGCCGGCCAAAAAAUUGGUCAGGCGUUCGGCUUCAAAAAGAAACGAAGAUUAAAGGACGAUCCCCCACCCGCGAAGUUCAAUCUGAAGGGAACUGCCAUUUUAGAGAAUGGGAACCUUAAUUUCGAGCUGACCGGUGUGAAAAUUCGACCUGGCCAAUCAGGAUCAUCAAAUCCUAACUUUAAAGGUGGUUCUUCAUUAUCAACAGCUACUACACCUACAACGGGUUCGACUACACCAACUGGUUCAACGACUGGAACUAGUGCAACUACUGGCACUAGUCCAAAGUCUGGCACUAGUCCAACUACUGGCACUGGUAGCACCACAGGCACUGGUAAAACCACCGGCACGGGUUCAAAGACUGGCACUAGUCCUACUACUGGAACUGGUAGCACCACAGGCACUGGUAAAACCACCGGCACGGGUCCAAAGACUGGCACUAGUCCUACUACUGGCACUGGUAAGACCACAGGCACCGGUAAAACCACUGGCACUGGUCCAAAGACUGGCACUAGUCCUACUACUGGCACCGGUACUGGUUCUCAGAUUACCACAGUCUCAACUCCAGCCGCUCAGCUUACACCCACUCCACCUGGUGGGGCCUGCCCACGACCCUUAAAUGUUUAUGUAAUAAUAGUCGCCAAUGACUUAAAGAAAACGCAAAAUGCCUACCGACGCGUCCACGGCUCCCCUGACCUAAAACUGGAUGAUCACAUGAUGUGUGAUGCUCAAAACUACGCUCAGAAAAUGGCCUCUCUGGGAGUCUUGGAGCACCAAUCAAGUGAAAUUCUUGCACGACGAGGAGUGGGAGAGAACAUUGGAAUGUCCUGUGUUCCUGCUCGCAAUGGCCCCCUGACCUACAAGAAAGUACAAAAAAUGGCUCGCAAUGUAGCUAAACGCUGGUAUGAUGAGGUGUGUCAGUACAACUUUGACGAGCCAAAUUUCAAUUCCGAUACGGGACACUUUACCGAAGUCGUAUGGUCGGGAAGCAGAAAGCUCGGAGUUGGUUACUCUGUCGGACGGAACAUCAAAUUUCCUGGAUAUGUCUGUGUUUACGUGGUUGGACGGUACAGUCCUGCUGGCAACAAUUUAGGACCACAAAAACUAAGGAAUAACGUUAGGAGAGGAAGCUUCAGUGGUUCAUACUGCACUCCAAAGAUAAAGCCACCCGCCUUUACCCUUGUUCCUCUUUAUAAGAGGAACCGCUUUGGUAACAAAGCUUUUUACCAUGUACGAGGUUAAGCCCAAGUUUAUGAAAACCAUUAGGUCGACAUAUACUGCAAAACGAUCAUUUACAAAAAAGAAAUCAUAGCAUAAAUUAGUAGGUUUUCAUUAAUGCUUAUGUUAGAAAUUAUAAAGAAAAUCAUAUUCUAUAGUAUUUAUUUAAAAACGGUAUCUUAUUUAUAAUUAACGAUAAUUGUAGGUGUCUUUGUUGGAUAUUCAACUUAACUACUUUACAGAAAAGGUGCAGAAAUGUUAUAUAUUUAAUAUGAUUUUCAUGAUUAAGGAAUCGAUCGAUUGAUCGCGGAUCGAGAGAUUAGGUUCGUUGUAACCCUAGCUAAGAUUUUUGCGUUUUGAAAUCUAACUUCCGGAACAAUUCAGUGGAACCUAUCUGGAGUACAGGUGUGUGACAAAAGCGUCACAGACACCUAACAUCAUAGUGGGUUUUUACCUGCAAGGGGUAAAAGAGAUAACGCUAUUGUGAAUAUAAUGACAUAUCUAUUUAUACCAUAUGAAUGUUAAUAUAAUAAUAAUAUAGAUCGAUUUAAAUAACG